AAAAAAAGCAUGUUGACAUUAUUUUUGACUGCAAAGACGGGUGAUGAAAUGUUAUUUGAGUUUUGACUAAAUCAGAUUUUUUAGUUAAAAUGAAAACUAACCAAGAAGAAAGGAAAACUACAAAGGAGGUCUGAAUACACCGCUCAGGAAACCUUUAGAUGCUUACAGUUUGUGAUCUUUUAUUCAAAUCAGAUGUAUUGAUGCAGCAACUUUGAAAUGCUAGAUAUAUGUGGGUGAGUUUUUGGGGUGGAUUUUCUCACAUUUUCACUAAAGACUUCCAAUCAGAGUAGACAUGAACCCUGAUAAACUCCUCGACGUCUGCCAACCAGCUAUCUGACUCAGACUGACGGACGGAUUCAGAGACAAGACACGAUGAAGCUGCUGUUGGUGGUUCUGUUGUUGUGGACAUGGACGAGCUCGGCGGUGGUCAGGGUUCCUCUGAGGCGGGUGCCUUCGAUUCGUACCCAGCUACGAGCCGACGGAUUGCUGGGGGAGUUCCUGAAGGAUCACCGUCCUGACAUGUUUAACCGGCGCUACGCUCAGUGUUUUCCUCCCGGAACACCAUCACUGCGACUCGGACGCUCCAGCGAGAAGAUCUACAACUUCAUGGACGCUCAGUACUACGGUGAAAUCAGUUUGGGGACCCCAGAGCAGAACUUCUCUGUGAUUUUUGACACCGGCUCAGCUGACCUCUGGGUGCCGUCAUCCUACUGCGUCAGCCAGUCCUGUGCAUUGCACAGGCGUUUCAGGGCAUUUGAGUCGACUUCGUUCCGUCAUGACGGUCGGAUGUUUGGGAUUCACUACGGAUCAGGACACCUGCUGGGAGUCAUGGCCAGAGACACACUAAAGGUUGGGGGUCUGAUCACCCAGAAUCAGGAGUUCGGGGAGUCGGUCUACGAGCCUGGUGCUGCAUUCGUCUCGGCCAGAUUCGAUGGUGUACUGGGGAUGGGUUACCCGUCCCUGGCAGAGAUCCUGGGAAACCCUGUUUUCGACAACAUGCUGGCACAGAAGACGGUGGAGGAACCUGUCUUCUCUUUCUACCUUAGCAGGAGAACAACAAGUGGCAACCCAGAGGGAGAACUGUUGCUAGGCGGAACAGAUGAGGCGUUGUUCAGUGGACCAAUCAACUGGCUCCCUGUGACUGCCAAGGGAUACUGGCAGAUAAAGAUGGACAGUGUGGCGGUUCAGGGUGUGAGUUCAUUCUGUCCUAAUGGUUGCCAGGCGAUUGUCGAUACAGGAACCUCCCUCAUUGCUGGACCGACCAAUGACAUCCUCACCCUCCAGCAGCUGAUUGGAGCCUCACCCACAAACAUUGGAGAGUUUAUUAUCGACUGUGUCAGGUUGUCCAGUUUGCCUCAUGUGACUUUUGUCCUGGGAGGAACAGAGUACACACUGACUGCUGAGCACUAUGUUAGGAAGGAGAUGCUUGGUGACAGAGAGUUGUGUUUCAGUGGUUUCCAGGCUGUGGACAUAGUUUCCCCUGAGGGCCCUCUAUGGAUUCUGGGAGAUGUAUUUCUGACAGAGUAUUACAGCAUCUUCGACAGAGGACAGGACCGCAUUGGCUUUGCACCUGCAAGGCACCCAACCAAACACUAACCCAUCCAUAUCUGACAGCUGUAUGAUCAAUACAUCAAUUAAAAGACUUUACCAGCA